AUGGAAUCGGAGAAGAAGGCCAAGUUCUUCGCAACUUCUUAUCAACACUCAUGGCUUCUUUUUCGAGUAACGUUGCAACGGUUCAAGAAGAAAUUCGAUUUGGGACAUUUCUUUUCUCCGUUGGUCAGAGAGACAAAGAGGAACACAGAAGAGGAGGAGAAUUUUCAUGACCAGAAUCAGCAAAGAAGCGUGAUCAUCUCAGGUGAGCUACUUUGUGACCGAAGAAUCGUCAUUAUCGUCAUCAACCCACUUGGAGACAUUCCGAAAAUGGACUUAGCUUCCAAGAAGAACACACCUAAUGUCGCCUCUAAGGAGAUAGACCCAAACUUAAAACCUGUACAAGCCACUCCAUUUUCGCUUAAACUAGGAGACAAUGUUCCUAGGAACCCUCAUUUCGAUCCCAAGAAGAUGGAUCCUCUCGUCAGACACCAACCGGCAAAGUCUCCUGAACCUCCCAAAACAAAUAGAGGGACCAACGAGGGUGAUUUAAAGCAGAACUCCUAUUCUAGCGAUUGUGAUAGCUUAGCAAUGAGGAAGAAUCCUCCUAAAAAUCCCCAUUAUGAUCCCAAGAAGAUUGUUCCUUUAACCACACUUGAGACACAUUCGCCAAACGCAAAAAAUCAUCACCACCGUAGGACAAAGUCCCCAGACAACAACAGAGCCCCUAAACCUAAUGGGGACUAUGGCUACGGUGAUAACUCGGUUGGUCCAUCAGCUACACCUUUCAAGCCUCACACUGGAGGGGACGUGAGGUGGGACGCCAUUAACUCAGUCGCUUCAAGAGGACCUCAUAUAGGUCUUGACAACUUCAGGCUUCUAAAACGUCUAGGGUACGGGGACAUAGGCAGCGUUUAUCUUGCGGACCUGCGAGGGACAAAUGCAGUUUUUGCGAUGAAAGUGAUGGAUAAAGAUUCAUUGGCCAGCAGAAACAAGUUGCUGAGAGCUCAGACCGAAAGAGAGAUCCUAUCCCUGCUUGAUCAUCCCUUCUUGCCGACGCUCUAUUCUUACUUUGAGACCGAUAAAUUCUACUGUUUGGUCAUGGAGUUCUGCAGUGGUGGAAAUCUCCAUUCUCUCAGACAGAAGCAGCCCAACAGGCGUUUCACAGAAGAAGCCGCGAGGUUCUACGCUUCCGAAGUGUUAUUGGCGUUGGAGUAUCUACACAUGUUGGGGAUUGUGUACAGAGACUUGAAGCCAGAGAACAUCUUGGUUCGAGACGAAGGCCACAUAAUGCUAUCUGAUUUCGACCUCUCCCUCCGUUGCACAUUUAACCCGACCCUCGUCAAGUCCUCCUCAGUCUGCAGCGGUGGAGGUGCUAUCCUCAAUGAGGAGUUUGCCGUCAAUGGUUGCAUGCACCCCUCUGCCUUUCUCCCCCGUCUCCUCCCUUCCAAGAAAACCCGAAAAGCCAAAUCUGACUCGGGCCUAGGUGGCCUCUCUAUGCCAGAGCUCAUGGCAGAGCCAACGGAUGUGCGGUCAAUGUCCUUUGUGGGCACGCACGAGUACCUAGCCCCUGAAAUCAUACGUGGAGAGGGACAUGGCAGUGCCGUGGACUGGUGGACAUUCGGGAUCUUCCUCUACGAGCUCCUCCAUGGAACAACCCCGUUCAAGGGGCAAGGAAACAGAGCCACGCUGCACAACGUGGUAGGUCAGCCGCUGAAGUUCCCGGAUAGCCCACACGUGAGCUCAGCGGCGCGUGAUCUCAUCCGCGGCCUUCUAGUGAAAGAUCCUCACAGAAGGAUCGCUUACACGCGGGGAGCCACAGAGAUAAAGCAACACCCUUUCUUUGAAGGAGUGAACUGGGCUCUGGUGCGCAGCGCUUCGCCGCCUCACAUUCCUGAUCCUGUCGACUUGGGACCGUACGCUGUUACCAGAGGGAAGGCCAAGGGCCAUGGAGUUAGUGAUCACUGUAACUCAAUUAAGCCUGAGCCUUAUGUUACUUGUGCUGCUGGUCCCACCGAUGAUACUGCUUACAUAGAUUUCGAGUACUUUUAG